AUGCGAUCUAUCUUUGUCGGAAUGAACUCCAUCCUGAUCGUAGCGGUGGUUGUGCUGUUGCUGCUGAACGAAAGUAAAGCCAACUCCACGCCGAACAGCGAUGCCUUGAUCAGUCAGUUAACUCGCUCACGCUAUUGUGGCCGUCGGCUUACAGAGACGCUUGCCUUCCUCUGCCAGGGACGGUAUCCGAUGCUAACGCAUUAUCGAACCGACUACGUCCACGAUCAGCAAAACCAGCGAGUAAAGGUAGAAGUAGCCACGCUGCCUGAUACACUACCACCGGGCUUCCCGUAUCCUGGGGCUGGUGUGCACCGGCGUAGUCGGCGCAAUUCCGGCGGCAUUUACGAUGAGUGCUGCAAGAAGAGCUGCUCGUACGUCGAGCUGCGUGCGUACUGUGAUUGA